AUGAGCGGUUCAUGGCUUCCAAAAUGGAACAGUUCUGCCACCAGCCUCCCUGUGGAGGCCGAAGAAACUCAGGGCAUUAAGCAUGGGUUGGACCCCAUGAACGCCUCAGACCCUCAGCUUGCUAAACUGGGACAGGGAAGUGAAGUGCUCACCUCGGCUUCCACGGGGGACCUUGAGUCGAAAUCGAAAAAUACAAGUCCAAGAAAACGCUCGAAUCUAUCAAAAUCCUUGACUACGAGGGCAUCUACAACUUCUUUGGUGUCUAUGAGCAAGGGCAACUGGCUAAGCUGGGGCCCUAAAGGCAAGAUGGGGACAGAGGGCGAGGCCAACGCUGAAGAUAAGGAACCUGUUGAUAAUGAUGCAGAGAAUGAGGAUAAUGACGACAUGACAGGUGACAGCAAUGAAGAUAAUAGCAAUGACGAAAUUGACGAUCAUGUUGUGCACAGCGACGGCAACCGCAAGAAGCUGUGGAGCUUUUGGAACGGGUCAAAUGGCUCGGAAUCUGGUGAUUCGAAUGGCCGUAAAGAGCCGUCAAAGCCGCCCAAGCCAUCAAAGCCUUUAUCAGCUACCAACAACAUUGUGAGUUCAACACCCUCAAUACCUUCUAAAGAAGAUCUUUUUGGACCAACUAAUGAAAGCAACAAGGAGCAGUCUGCACAGGCAAAAGCUGGCGGAGAUGCCUCGGUCUCGUCACGACCCGAUCAGUCCAAGCCUGAAGACGAUGCUGUAUUAUACAAGCCACACGACUCAGCCAAGCAGUUCAAAAAAAUCAACACGCAUAAGAAUGAAAAUCUUAAAGAAAAUGUCAUCGUGCCAGACUGGCGUUCUUGUUUGCAUAAUCAAAGCUCAACAAGCUCUCGGCCAAAAUCAGACAACGUAUCGAGCGUCCCUCAAUCCUUCGAUAUAAAAAACUGGAAAGGACUCUUGUCACAUUUGUCGACUCGUUUUGGCUUUGGCUCGCAAGUCUCUACUGAUGAUGACACUGAAUCAAGUGGAGGCGAAUCUAGUACGCAAUCGGUGAAAGAGAAGGAAUUUGUAUCUAUUAGUGAAAGAAGCUACAAACUAUAUGGGAGGUCACUCAGUAAGUUAUCUCCUCACAAGUCAGCACGCUUACCAGAAAUUUCUCAGCUUUCUAGCUUCAAUGAAGAUAAUACAAAGAGGCAAAAACGAAUGGCAGGGGAAGAUGAUAGUACCGUCUCCAUUACCAAUGACGCGCUGGGAAAUCUUUUGAUAAACAACAGGGGAUCUCAAGGCUCUAGAGCGGAAAGUUCUCUGCUUGGGCUGGGUGCACUGAAGGCAGGUCCUUCAGGUAAAAUUAAAAAGAUCUUAAUCAUCGGCGUUCACGGAUUUUUCCCCACCAGAAUGAUCAGACCAAUCAUUGGAUCUCCUACCGGCACUUCUUUGAAGUUUGCAAAUGAGGCGGAGAAGGCUGUAAUCAGAUUCUGUGUGGAAAAUGAUUUGAUAAAUGAAAAGGAAUCGAAUAGCGUCAGCAUUCAGAAGAUCGCGCUUGAAAAAGAGGGGAAGAUCUUUGAUCGUGUCGAGUUCUUCUUCGAGAUCUUGCUGAAAUGGGAGAGGGAAUUAAACGAAGCUGACUUCAUAUACAUUGCAGCUCAUUCCCAAGGAUGUGUUGUCUCCAUAAUUCUCUUUGCCAAACUUAUCAAGAUGGGCGUUCUAAAAAAUCCCAACUUCAAGAGAAUUGGGCUUUUGGGUAUGGCCGGAAUCAAUAAUGGGCCAUUUUACGGAACUGAUAAAACAUUCUUCAUGAAAGCGUAUUCUGCUAUCGAGCACAACUCGUUGAAUGAGCUUUUUGAAUUAACCAAAUUUGAUAGUAAGCAAUCCUUGACCUACAAGGAGUCAAUGCAAACCAUAAUUGAUGCAAACGUGAAGAUCUGUUUCAUUGGAUCAAUCAACGAUCAACUUGUGCCACUAUACUCCGCACUUGCAUCACACAUCUUUCACCCUAAUAUUUAUAGGGCGUGCUAUAUCGACCAUUCAUCAAAGACCCCUCAGUUUAUCCAAAAGCUCGUAUCCCUUUGUUGCCAACUACAGAACCUUGGAUAUUUUGACAACAAUGUUAUAAAAGAGAUCAGCACUGUGUUGGCAGGCCCUCUUACUGGAGGAGGCCACUCGAAAAUCUACAAUGAUGGUAAAGUGUACGAUUUGGGAAUCAAGUUUGCCCUUUGUACCGAUGACAUUGUGGCACCACCAGGCCCUACUAUCAAAAUCAAUCCUUCGAUAACUGAAGCUACAAGGCCCCCUGUGACAAAUCAAAUCUACGUCAAGGAGUACAAUAUCAGCAAGAUCGGAACAAACCCCUAUUUAUUACCCUGGUGCUUGCGUGGGCUUAUUUUCAACAUCGAAAAGAAUUGGCCCGUGUCUGACGGAGCUAUUACUGUUGGUCAUGCUGUGGAGCUUCGAAAGACUGGGGUUGAAGAGAUUGACGAGCUCUAUGAACUGUUUGAUCGUUGGAAGCCUGACAGUAAGGUUCUAAAGGACCUCAAAUUUAGACUCAACGGUAUUCGUGCAAGUAAACUUUAA